AGGAAGUGUCUUCCUAGAAUUCCUCUACCAGUCACAUCAGAUCAGUCUGCAUAUAGCUUUCUCCUGCCUGGUACACCUGCUUUCACGGAUGUUAGUGAGACACCAGAUGAAAGCAGUGAUGAGAGCGAUGCUGAAGAAGCUGAAGAUAACCAUGAGGCCAACAACAGAGACUAUGAUGAUGACUUGGAGACUGACCUAAACAAACUUCGUCUUCCUCCUGACCCUGACAGACCUAAAGAGCUGCUUACACAGUACAGCUGCUUUUGUCCUGAGCUGUCACAUGAUUUCCAGGAUCUGGAUCUGAGUUCAGAGACAGGGGAUAGUUCAACAGCAUCAUCAUCAUCAGAUGAUGAGGUAGUGCUGCUUAACAAGGACAGGACAAAGACUACUGCAAGUCGAGAUUCCUCUACCUCUGAUGGUUCUUACUCAGAGAUGGAAAUAUCCAGUAGAGACAUGCCAGCUGCUGCCCAUUUAGAAGCGUGUGAUUUCCACAGUCACAGCAGCAUCCUGGGCACAAGCCCUGGGUUCAGGACCAUGGUUAGAGGGGCAAUGGGAGAAGCCUCCCCAUGUCAGAGAGAAGAUGAGCAAGAUAAUGAAGAAGAUGGAACAGAAGAAUUUUAUCAUCAUACAAUAAUAGACAGGUUACUGGAGCGGCACGGAGCCGGUAUUCCCCACCAUGAUCCCAAGCUAUAUUGUGCUGUAGCUUCCAAAACCAAAUCCAUUCCAGAUUUUAGCAUCCUGGCCUUUCCUGAUUUCUGGGGUCAUCUUCCACCACCAGGACAUCAACCCAUGGCCCCACGCAAACCCAACAUACAGAGACAGAAAGUGUUUGAAGAUAUUCAGCGUUUUCUGAAAACUGAUGACAUCAUUAACCAUGUUGUCUUUGACCUCGAAGAUAGCAAAUAUGAAUAUGACCUCAUAUUGAAUCCAGAUGUUAACUCUUCUCAGCAUACCCAGUGGUUUUACUUUGAAGUUAGUAACAUGGCAGCCGAUGUCCCAUACCGUUUUAAUGUCAUCAACUGUGAGAAGAGCAACAGCCAGUUCAACUAUGGAAUGCAGCCGGUCCUGUACUCAGUAAAAGAAGCCCUGGAAGGUAGACCACACUGGAUCAGUACUGGAACGGAAAUUUGUUAUUUCAGAAACAACUUUUGUCCAGCAAAGGGCAGAAGGAGAACUACCUUUUACACCCUGACCUUUACCAUCACCUUCAAACACAGUGAGGAUGUCUGCUACCUGGCCUACCAUUAUCCCUACACAUAUUCUGCUCUGAUGGCUCACUUGAAAAUACUGCAGAAAUCAGUGGAUCCGGCCAAGGUGUUUUUCAAGCAGCAGACUCUUUGUAGCACUUUGGCUGGAAACUCCUGUCCAAUAGUUACCAUCACUGCCUGUCCAGUCAGCAGAAGGUGGAAAGACCUGCACCAGAUGCGUAAUCGCCCCUAUAUUGUACUGACCAGCCGUGUGCAUCCUGGUGAGUCCAAUGCCAGCUGGGUGAUGAAGGGCACUUUGGAGUUUCUGUGCAGCAAUGACCUGGUGGCCCAGAGUCUCAGGGAGGCCUUCGUCUUUAAGGUCAUCCCCAUGCUCAACCCAGAUGGAGUCAUCAAUGGCACAAAUCGCUGUGACCUGAACAGCAAAGAUCUGAAUCGUCAGUGGAGUAAACCAGACCCUCUUCUGAGUCCAACCAUCUACCACACCAAAGGCUUUCUCUACUACCUCAACAUUAUAGGACGGACUCCAGUGGUUUUCUGUGACUACCAUGGCCACUCUCGAAAAAAGAAUGUGUUCCUGUAUGGCUGCAGCAUUAAGGAGACUCUCUGGCAGUCUGGCUCUGCAGUUGACACUGUAGGAUUGAAAGAGGAUCCUGGAUAUAGGACCAUUCCAAAGACCUUGGAUCGUAUCGCACCGACCUUUUCUUUCAACAGCUGCAACUUUUUGGUAGAGAAGUCUCGCUCUGCUACAGCCAGAGUGGUUGUCUGGAGGGAAAUGGGAGUUCUGAGAAGUUAUACUUUGGAGAAUACUUACAAUGGCUGCAACCAGGGAAUAUACAAGGGGCUGCAGACAGGAACCCAGGAGCACCAGGAAAUGGGGAUGAAGUUCUGCCACAGUCUGUUGUCUGUAACCAAAGACACAAGGAUUCUAUACAGCAGGAAACUCAUCAACCAUAUUGACCUGGACCACAACAUGCUGGACCACAAGUCUCACAACUGUUUUGAAGACGAUGAGCCUCCGUGUGCUGAGGAGAUCGAGUACUCUGGUGGCUGUCCCACACUUAAAGGCAGUGAUUUGGAUUCAGACAUUGACAGCAACAUGGCCCAUGUUGAUGAUGAUGACAAAGAGCACAGUGCUCAAAAACAUCAGCAAGACAGCAUCAGUCAGUCUCAGCAGUCAAGCAUAAAGAACCACCUGUUUCCUCCACAAACCCGGCAGCCAUCCGUUGAUACACCUAGUGAGAGAAGAGACUUGCGUAAUGGUUUGAGGAUUGCAAAUUGAUAAAUCACAAGUUAACCCUUGGAGGGUCCUUAAAAAGACAUCCACCUUUAUGCCUAAGGACAAUAAAUGUCCUUAAGACCCUCCAAGGGUUUUAAAAGGUUUUUUUUUUUAUAAUUUACUUUCUUAACGAUAGUAAGAGAGCAUCAGCUAAUAUGAGCUGUAGUCCUUUAAACACAGCAGACUGUUCUGGAUGAAAAUAAUAAUACUUGGGUUUGUAAUUCAAAACCAGCUUAACUAGAAUGUAUUACUAAAGACUGAAAAUACCAGGCAUGUGAUCAAUACUUCAUAACAGACUUUAACAUAAACAUGUAUAGCCAAGUACAGCCAUGACUUAAAGACUGGCUGUUUUACUUAGACCUAAAUUUUCAGGAAAGGAAUCUCAUAACUCCACCAGUUAUGAGAUGAAAUGACAAUAGUUUCAAUGAAUGAUGGAUUAAAACCAGUUCUUAUUGAAUAUUUAUGUAUGUAAAAGGUCAUCAGCAUAGUCUUAAUGAUACUGAUAACAUCACCAGUGAACAAAAAUGCAUGCUAUAACGAAUGAAAAAUGCAACUAUAACAGUGAUCUGCAUUUUAUCUGUCUUUGUCAUUGGGUGAAAAUAAUUUCGUGUUAGCCCUUUUAGUUAAUAUCUACAACAUCAGUUUAGUGUUCCAGCAUCUUAUUGUGACUGGCUUUUUUCUGUCUGUACUACUGCAGGCACUACUUUGAUUAUUAGUAGGUAAUUAGCAAACUGAAACAAACUUGAUUGUUGCUGUGUAAAACUUUUAAAUCAACUUAGUUGCAUUAAUUACAUGAAAUACUGGGGACUGGUACUUAUCUUUCCUCUUCUGUACCUUUGCAGAAAGAACAAAAACAAAAACAGGUGAAUAGGUUUAACCUGCUUGGAAGAAAGAAUUCAGCAUGUUUCUCACCAAAAUGUCAAGUUCAAAUGUUAUGCUGUAUGUUAUAGACUUAAAAUGUGUAAACUGUAAGGAAAGGGGUGGUAUUUGGCUUCUGAGUAAAUAUCAGCGAUUUACUUUACAAUUAAUAUCCUGCCAAGAACACAUCCUCUACACAACUCCAUGUUUUAUCUUUUCAAGUUUCAUUACAAACAAAUCUCAUAAAAGGUCAAAGAAACUCUGAUGACUGAUGGUCCAUUUAUUUAGAAGAACAUUAAUAUUGACUGUAAUAUUAUCACAGAACUGCAACUACACUGCCUUUACAGCAGUUGUAGUUUGUUUUGUAAUCCACAAAGGCACAAUGCUGCUCUCAAGUGUCAUGUAUGAAAUUAUAAAUGUUAACAUUUUCCAGAAAGAAUUUUUUUCCCAACAUUUUUUGCUUAAACAAGCCUAUGCUGAUGGAAUCUAAAAUUUCUGAAAGUACAUGAGUUUUUUUUACCCAGUAGGUUAGCCUUUUAGCCUAAAUUUGUGCAAGUGUACGAUAAAUGAUAUAGUUUAUACACAGUAUUGGGAAGGUUAAUUUUAAAAUGUAUUCCGUUACAGAAUACAGAAUACA